CGCACGUUUUGUGGACCAACCAACAGCACUGUCACACACAGCAUUGUUACAGCCUCCCAUCAUCCCGUGCUCCACGCUUUCCUCGACGACAAUGAGUGUGCAGUGUGUGCACCCGUUUGUGCGCGUGGGCGCAUCAAACAAGGACACCGACAUUGACCUGACUUCCAGUGAGUGGAAGCAGUCCAUCAAGCAGUUCACCAUCGCUGGCGACGUGUACAUCACAGCCUCCUCUCAAUCGCCAACUGUUGACCAGCUCCGCGAGUUCCUCAAGGUUGUGAGGGCACGUGUUGUGGGCGAUAUCGUGGCGGACGCAGAUGUGGCGACCGACUUGCUGAACGCGGGCGCCCUUCAAGUUUGCAUUCCGCUUGCAACGUACAAGGCCAACCAAGAUGCAUUCCAACAGCUGCCACAAGAUCGCCUUGCAGUUGUCAUCUCCUCUGCUGACGACCUGAACGACGAGCUGUCAACACUCGACAUUCUGUACGACAGCGGCACUGCGCCUACAGUGGAUGAUGUCAAUGCUGUGGCAGCGAAAGUGGGCGAUGGCGUCACAGCCUCCUUUGCCAACGUCUCGUCCACCUCUGUCGUACAGGCCAUCGACAAGUCCGCCGGCCACGCCCUGAUCAACGCCACAACGCUGCAGUCGUCGCUGCUGCUUGCAGAUGCCAUUUCGUGCCUCCUCAAAACAGACAGGCCUGAUGGCUUGUGGACGACGGUGGUUGUGAAUGAGCGCAACGAGACGCUUGGCGUGUGCUAUUCCAACGCUGAGUCCUUGAAGGAGGCCAUCCGCCUGCAGCAGGGAGUGUACUGGUCACGCAAACGCGGGCUGUGGCACAAAGGCAGCACCUCUGGCGCCACGCAGGACCUCCACACCAUCGCCUACGACUGCGACCGUGACCUCAUCCAGUUCCGCGUGACCCAGCAUGGCAAGGGUUUCUGCCACCGGGACACGAUGACGUGCAUGGGGGCAAGCCGGGGGCUGACGGCGCUGCAAGAAACGCUUCGCUCGCGUCUUGAGACAGCACCUGAGGGAAGUUACACGCGCAGGCUGUUCAACGACCCCGCCCUCUUGCAGAAGAAGGUGGUCGAGGAAGCAAUUGAGCUCACCGAGGCCAAGGACACGGACCACAUUGCGUCUGAGAUGGCGGACCUGCUGUACUUCAGCCUUGCACUGUGCACAAAGGCCGGCGUGUCCCUUGAUGACGUGGAGCGCAAGCUUGACCGCCGCCACCUCAAGGUCAGCAGGCGCCCGGGCAACGCAAAGCCGGAGUUUCUCAAGGAGAAGCUGGGCGGUAUCACGCAAACGCAGAAUAAGAAGAAGAGCAUGGAGGGCCAGGUCGUGCACGAUGGCGAGGACACGCCAGCUGCUGGUGAUGUUGAUGACAGCGCGCAAGGACAGCAGCAGCAGCAACAACAGGCGGCUGCUGAGCCCGUGCUGAAGAUGAUCAAGGCCGAGGACGUGCCGCCACUCCACAGGGAUCCAGUUGACCCCAAGGCGCGUGCGAUUGCGGAGGAGAUUAUGCGCGAUGUGCGCGAGCGUGGGGAGGCCGCCGUCAUGCACCACGCCGUGCGCCUUGGCGACAUUGCCGACGGCCAGCCGAUGGUGGUUGGCCAGGGGGGGCUCAAGGCCGCGUACGACGCGCUGAGCGAACAAGAGCGGGGCGUGCUGCAGCGCACGGCAGACCGCAUCAAGGCGUUUGCACAGGCCCAGCGCGCGUCUGUGCAGGACAACUGCCAGGUUGAUCUUCCUGGUGGGCAGGCCGGGCAGCUGGUGGCCGCGGUGGAAGUGGCCGGCUGCUACGCGCCUGGGGGCAGGUACCCGCUCCCCUCCAGCGUGCUCAUGGGCGCCGUCACGGCUCGCGUCGCCGGUGUGAAGCAGGUGUGGGUUGCCAGCCCGCGCCCCCACCGCAGCGUGCUCGCUGCUGCGUAUAUUGCUGGGGCCGAUGGCUUGCUCGCUGUCGGCGGCGUGCAGGCCAUUGCCGCCUUCACGUACGGCGCUGGAGACGUGCCUGUGUGUGAUGCCAUUGUUGGGCCGGGCAACAAGUUUGUCACUGCUGCCAAGUCGCUCGUUGCAGGCAGCGUUGCCAUUGACAUGCUGGCGGGCCCCAGCGAGUGCCUGGUGGUGGCAGACAGCACGUGCGACCCCGCUGUUGUUGCAGCGGAUCUGCUGGCCCAGAGCGAGCACGAUGUGGCGGCGCGCGCCAUCCUGGUCACGCCAGACAAGCAGGUUGUCGAUGCCGUCAACGCACAGGUGCAGCAGCAGCUCGCCGUGCUCCCAACAGCGGACACCGCAAGGGUUGCCAUUGCGGAGAACAGCUUUGCCGUGGUGACGGCUGACGUCGACGAGGCCAUUGCCGUGGCCAACCGCCUGGCGCCAGAGCACCUCGAGGUGCACACGAAGGACGCGUGGGACCUCGUGCCCCGCUUCGACCACUACGGCGCCCUCUUUGUCGGCCACAAUGCUGCGGAGGUGCUUGGCGACUACGGUGCUGGUCCAAACCACACCCUGCCCACCGGUGGCACGGCCCGCUCGUUUGGCGGCCUCAGCGUCCACACGUUUCUUCGCCCCCGCACGUGGCUGCGCAUCGAUGACAAGAAGGCUGCGACGGGAGUUGUGCAGGACGCCGUUGAUCUCGCGCUGAUGGAAGGACUUCACGGCCAUUCGCGCGCUGCUGCACUUCGCCUCCCGACCCAAGGCCGCACUAUUGGGCCCAUCAUCAGCCUGUGAUGCUCUCGCACCUCUUGUUUUCCUUGAAGCUGCUGUUUGGUGUGUGUGUGUGUGUGUGUGUGUGUGUGUGUUUGUGUGUGUGUGUGUGUGUGUUUGAUCGCAAGAGCGAUUUGAACGAGUUGCCUCAAGCCAGGGUAGACGCUUUUUGGUCUGUUUGUCGCUUCGCCUGCUGGCUUGCGUGUCUCUUGGUGUGUUGACGCAUGGGUAAGCGUGUGUGGAAUGUCGAUUCUUACUUCAUGGCGCUCAUUUCACAAGCCAAAUCAAUGUCUCGCGGAACUUGGGCGUCAACAAGCAAUCAACCAAAACGUACAGUGUCACAUAAACGCGUAACACGCGGACUCGGACA